AUAAAAAGAGCAACAAUGCACGAAAGAGAGACCAAAGAAAGGCUGCUGCAACCUUGCAGCCUCCUCCGUCUUCCCCUGUCCAUCCACCUUCCUUCCCCACUCUGAACCUUCUCAAUCUCCUCCCCCACGUGGAGUAUAAUACAUAUACGUAGACGCACACGCGCAAGCACAUGAACCACCUCGGCGACUUCCUCCCCUUCCUCUAGUUCUGCACUGCUCCGCUCCGGCCACUAGCGCAACCGCCACCUCGCCGCCGGCCGGGCUGGCCGCCCGCGCCUCGGGUACCCUUCACGUAAUGCUUCAGCCUUGCGGUGUGCGGUGUGUUGCCUACUUGCUUAUAUUCUUUUUAGGGGGGAGACGUUUGCUUGUUCAGCGUUCGCCGCCGGCGGCGGCCGGCGACCGGCGAGUUUGUGACCAGGAAUGGACCUAUAAUGGGAAAGUUUUGGCUUUUCUGGGAGUUUUGGGGCGAGUUUGAUGGUGGAGCGUGUUCUUGGCUGUAAAUGAAGCGAUUUUGCCGGUCUUGGCGUGUCGGUUUGGCUCGGCUUGUUUUUUUUUUGUCUGCCUAAUUUUUGUUGGUUUUUGGAUACAGCCGGCAAGCUUGGCUUCUUGGUAGAGACAGGUUGUGUGUACCUGUCAUGGUUGGAUUUCUUUUGGCAAAAUUUGUGUUUUUCCCUGGGUCGCUGUAAUGCCAAACAUCUACUAGUUGUUUGGGCGAUUAAAGGCGGAGCCUUUGGGCUUUGGCAUCAGGCUGGGAUUCUGAUGCAACUUUUCGGUUCCUUCUGCUGCUAAGGAGGCCCCUUUGAUCGGCUUAUUGAAAUCUACAUUCUGGUCAAAUGCUGUGAAGAAGAAAUCGUCUUGUGCUGAAUAAAUUCAGCUUACAACAACUAUGGGUGCCUGCGUAUCUUCAAGCAAAAAGCGGAGAUCGCAAAGAUUGUGCUGUAUAUAUAGGCGUUACCGCGGAAAGGUUUUAAGCAAUGCGCCUAUAGUACGCGCCAGCGAUGUGGAGAACUUCACUGCUUCUGGAGAAGUUGUCCAUGUAGGAACUUCUGCAGCCACUCGGCGGAGAUCCGAUGGCUCGAACGUUACAUUCCACCUCACACAAUUGCAGUGGCAUCACAGUGAGCUGGACACAGAGAAUGGAAAUGUUGUGUGUCAAGAAGAAGCAUGGUUCGAUUCUGUCAGUAUUUUGGGGUCUGACUCUGAUGAAGACUUCAGUAGCGUCAAUGGAGACCUCCCUGCUAUGUCAAAUUCAGCAGGCACACAAUUAAUGCAGUGUGAAGAUGCUUCAUCCAUCGCUGAUGCCAUCCAGAAGCUUGAGUGGAUUUUUGACGGUUCUAGUGUUGCUCAAGCUGUUGGACAGUACCUGAAAAGAGAUUCAAACAAAAUGGAUAGAUCAAGGCAAGCUGAUGUUCAAGAUGGAGAUAGGCCUAAAAUUGCAAGCCCGGAAGCAUGUGAUGUCUCUAGUGGAAAGGUUGAGGACGGGAAGACAAGAAAUGAGGGUAUAAAAAUUCUUACAAAACUUAGAAAAGGCGAGGAUCCAUGUAGUACCUUGAAAUCUUUCAAAGAUGGAGAAAAAGCUCAUGAAAGCAUCUUCAAAAGUUUGACACCAGUGUGCACGCCUCGUCACGCUAACAAAGUCCAGCCGUUGGCAGUAGCAAGUCCGCGGGGCCAAAAGAAGAAAUCAGCAGUUGUAAGGCUUUCUUUCAAGAGGCAAUCUUUUGAAGGAGAGCAAACUACUGAAAUAUGUUCCUCUAGGAGGUACUUGAUCCGUCCAAGAGCUGGAUUAUUGGUUCCUCAAGCCAAUGAGAAAAGUUCAGAAGGUUGUUGGUCUGUGCUUGAGCCUUCCACCUUCAAACUGCGCGGGGAAAGCUUUUUUAAGGACAAAAAGAAGUCUCCAGCUCCAGGUAGUUCUCCAUACACUCCAAUUGGUGUCGACAUAUUCAUGUCCCCAAGGAAAAUACACCACAUUGCUCAGCAUAUUGAACUUCCAUCUGUAAAGUCAAAUGAGAAAAUUCCUUCCCUACUUAUCGUAAACAUUCAGAUGCCUACAUAUCCUGCUGCUAUGUUCCUUGGUGAUAGUGACGGGGAAGGGAUCAAUCUAGUGCUUUAUUUCAAACUGAAUGAUAACUUCGAGAAAGAGAUUUCUCCUCAGUUUCAUGACAGCAUCAAGAGACUUGUAAAUGAUGAGAUAGAAAAGGUGAAGGGUUUCCCAUUAGACUCAACAGUCCCUUACAGAGAAAGAUUGAAAAUAUUGGCAGGGUUGGUUAACCCAGAUGACAUGAAUCUGAGUUCUGCGGAGAGGAAGCUUGUGCAGGCUUACAAUGAAAAGCCAGUCCUUUCAAGGCCUCAACACAGCUUUUAUGUGGGAUCAAAUUACUUGGAGAUAGACCUUGAUGUGCACCGAUUUAGCUUCAUCUCAAGGAAAGGGCUCGAAGCGUUCCGAGAACGAUUGAAGCAUGGUGUAAUUGAUCUCGGUCUAACCAUACAGGCCCAGAAGCAGGAGGAGCUUCCCGAACAUGUAUUGUGCAGUGUAAGGCUAAACAAAAUUGAUUUUCUUGAUAAUGGGCAAAUACCGACGCUCUUGCCUUGUGACGACGACUGACAAUUGAACUAGCAUCAAGUUAACUGGAACUGUUGUUUUGGUCAAGACCUGUCAUAUUCACUCGCAAGUUCAGUCCCUUGAAGCUUGAGCUCGGCUCGCUGGUCGCGCUGCUUGGUCUCAGAAGGGAGGAUGCAUGGUGGUUUCGCUACGCCAGAUUAACAGCACUGCUGUGUUUCUCUGUAAAAGCCUGCGUAUAUAGUCAUGUUAUUUGGCAUCUGGUUUUGCGAGUCGAAUUAUAUUGAAAGUUGAUUUGCGGAUCAGGAACUGAGCAUGCCAUCAAGACUGUCUUAUCAAUCUAUCAGGAGUAAAUUUUGCAA